UAUGUAUAUUGUAUAGCCAUAAAUUACCACCAUUUCUAAGCCAGAUUUUUCUUCUGUUCUUUGAAAAUUGAUAUACUAUGCAUUCUUGGGCAUUUCUGAGAAAACCCGCAAAACGAAUUCGAGUUCUCGCAACACAAAGUAGGAAUCAAGUUUUCAGAAAAUCAUCAGACAAUCCAUUAUUAUUGGAAUCAAAUGGUAGUAAAAGUUAUAAUUAUGGUGAUAAUGAGAAGGGUUAUUCAUUUCUUGAGGCAGUUUUGAGAUCAUUUUUUUCUGGGUUGGGGAUUGUUGGGGCCUUCAGCUACUGUUCUUCAUUCUCUAAUGCAGAUUCAUCAUUUGUGUCUUAUGCUGAUUCUGGAAUUGGGACUCCCGAACCCGAAAAGAAGUCUAGUUUCAUCUUCAAAGAUACAUUCAGGAGAAAAGUUUUCUUCAAGUAUGAAAAAAGAAUGAGAAUGCGAAGUCCUCCUGAAAAG